CCGGACUGCAUCGCUAGGAGCGCUGCUUGUGAGGUUCCACAAGGACGAGGCGAGCGGCGGCUCAGGCUGCCACGCACGCAUCGUUUGCGAGACGCGAAGCAUACGCCUCCCCUGCACAACCCCAGCAAAAUGGCUACUUUGGGACACACAUUCCCCUUCUAUGUGGGCCACAAGCCGAUCUUCCCAAUGGACACCACCUUGGCCGUCGUCAUUACCAUCUUUGUGACUGCACUGGUCACCUUCAUCAUCAUCCUGCCUGGCAUUCGGGGCAAGAUGAGGCUGUUCUGGCUGUUGCGGGUGGUGACCAGCUUAUUCAUUGGGGCUGUGAUCCUGGCUGUGAAUUUCAGUUCUGAGUGGUUCGUGGGCCAGGUCAGCACCAACAUAUCAUACAAAGCCUUCAGUUCCGAAUGGAUCAGCGCUGAUGUGGGGCUGCAGGUUGGUCUGGGAGGACUCAACAUUACACUCAAAGGGACCCCAGUGCAACAGCUGAAUGAGACCAUCAAUUAUAAUGAGGAGUUCACCUGGCGCCUAGGCAAGAACUAUGCUAAGGAGUAUACAAAGGCACUGGAGAAGGGGCUGCCGGACCCCGUGCUCUACCUGGCUGAGAAAUUCACCCCGAACAGUCCAUGUGGUCUGCAUGGCCAGUACCGCCUGGCAGGACACUACACCUCAGCCAUGCUCUGGGUGGCAUUCCUCUGCUGGCUGCUGGCCAAUGUGAUGCUGUCCAUGCCCGUGCUGGUCUACGGUGGCCACAUGCUGCUGGCCACAGGCAUCUUCCAGCUGUUGGGACUGCUCUUCUUCUCCACGGCCACAUCACUCACACCACCCUGUGCCCUGCACCUGGGUACUGCUACGCUGCACACUCACCAUGGGCCUGCCUUCUGGAUCACAUUGACCACAGGACUGCUUUGUAUGCUGCUCGGCCUGGCCAUGGCAGUGGCCCACAGGAUGCAGCCCCAAAGGCUGAAGGCUUUCUUCAACCAGAGUACAGGGGAGGAUCCUUCACUGGAGUGGAAUCCUGAGGAAGGGGGACUCCUGAGCCCCAGAUACCGGUCCACAGCUGAGAGUCCUGAGCCCCAGGACAUUCUUCUGUCAGAGGCUUCUUCUGAGGCAUGGUGUAAGGAGGAGCAUCACAGAGAGUUUGACUGUGCCGUAUAAGGUUCUUCUCCCUGGUGGACACCUGGACUUCCAAUCUGGUUGCAGAUCUCAUUGGAGCCCCAUAAACCUGCCAGAACUGACUGCAGGAUGGGUUGAAACCAAUCUGUCCCCAGCCCCAAUCUGCAGGUGGAGUAGGAAAAAGAGCCUCUUUCUAUUGAUGUAAAAACAAAAACGAAAACAAAAAGCCCUAAUAUGCUAAACAGACAUUGGGGCUGCCUAUCAACCCUGUCUCCAUGUUAAGACCAAGCAGGUGCUGCCCAUUUCUGCA